AUGGCUGGCUCCCAUGAAAAUAGCGGCGGAAAUGGCCAUUCAGAUAUUUCGGAUAAACUAAGACAUCCAUUCCAUGAGUUAAAGGAGAAGCUGAAGGACACUCAUUUACACGACGCCAAAAUUGGCAUCAUUCAUCAAAAGCAUAAAUUCGGGAAACUCGCAAAUCUCUUUAACCCACAACACCGUCAUGACGAAGAACACGAACAGGCCUGCGAUGAUAAACGGACUAAGAUUUCCGAGAGCCACCGCUUCAAUUCGUAUUUUCCAGAACGUGACGGAAAUCUCAUUAAAUGGUAUGUCGAUGGGAGAAAUUACUUCUGGGCUGUAUCGGUAGCUUUAGAACAGGCAAAGGAAACCAUUUACAUCGCGGACUGGUGGCUUUCUCCGGAACUGUACCUUCGCAGGCCUCCGUAUUUCAAUCAAGAAUGGCGGUUGGACAGGAUUUUGAAGCGCCGUGCCGAGGCCGGUGUGAAGAUUUUCGUUAUCGUCUAUCGCGAAGUCGAAGCUGCAAUAACAUGUAACUCGGCACAUACCAAGCAUGCGCUGCAAAGUCUAUGUCCUAAGGGUUCGCCGGGUUUUGGAAAUAUUACUGUCAUGCGACAUCCGGACCACAAUUUUCUAGAAAAUGCUGCAGACAUGACUUUCUAUUGGGCUCACCACGAGAAAUUCAUUGUUAUUGACUAUAAGAUGGCUUUUAUUGGAGGCCUAGACCUUUGCUUCGGCCGCUGGGAUGAUCAUCAGCACAUACUCUCCGAUGUCCACCCGGAAGGAGUCCGCAACGAAGUCUGGCCGGGUCAAGACUUUAACAAUAACCGUAUCAUGGAUUUCCAGAAUGUCCAGGAUUGGAAACAGAACGAACUAAGCAAGGCUGACUAUGGAAGAAUGCCCUGGCAUGAUGUUGCUAUGGGAGUGGUUGGGCCCUGCGUUUACGAUAUUGCAGAGCAUUUCAUCCUACGGUGGAACUUUGUCAAGAGAGACAAGUAUAAGCGCGAUGAUAGAUUUGACUGGCUAAUGCUACGGGGCCGUGAAGGCGAAGAUGAAGACCUCGUAGGCGUACAACGACCGAAACAUCCGGUUGGCGAAUACGUGCUUCAUCCUCUAACACCCCUAGAGACGAAAAACCUCGAUAACAGAGGAACUGUCCACGCCCAGAUCGUUCGAAGCAGCGCUGACUGGUCCAGUGGUAUAUUGACGGACCACAGCAUUCAGAAUGCAUAUUCGGACAUCAUUCGCAACGCCCAGCAUUAUGUAUACAUCGAAAACCAGUUCUUCAUCACCGCCACUGGCGAUCAGCAAUCCCCCAUCCAUAAUACGAUAGGGAAGGCAAUCGUAGAUGCUUGUGUAAGAGCUGGCAAGGAAGGGAGAAAAUUCAGAGUUAUCAUAAUCAUCCCUGCGAUCCCGGGGUUCGCUGGUGACUUACGGGAUGAUGCGGCAACCGGAACACGUGCCAUUAUGGAUUAUCAGUACAAAUCGAUAUGCCGUGGCGAACAUUCGAUCUUCGAACAGAUUCGUGCACAGGGCGUUAAUCCUACCGACCACAUAUUCAUCUUUAACCUACGCUCCUACGAUCGUCUAAACAAGACACCUGCAAUUAAGAAGCAAGAGGAGGUAUCCGGCGUGAAGUAUCAAGAAGUUCAACGCGCCGAAGCAGAGGAAGUUAUGAGUGAAGGAAUUCACGGCAAUGAAGAUGUUGAGGGCGAACGAGACGAACAUAUGGGCAAAAGAGAGGAGCAGAGGGAGAUUAAUGAAAACACUAAGAGCACUGAUGCUAAGCGUCGCUUCGAAGCCGCAAGGCAAGAGGGCCAGGAAACUAAAUCUGCUUCCAGCGUUUCCCACCAUGCGAUGGCCAACACUGGCAAACUUUCGGACGAAAUUUGGGAGGAUGAUCCUCAAGAGGAAGUGGACAACUGGAUCCAAGAGGAGCUAUACAUCCAUGCCAAACUCUUGAUAGCAGAUGAUCGCGUCGUGAUCUGUGGGUCAAGUAAUUUGAAUGACAGAAGCCAACUAGGCAACCACGAUAGUGAGCUAUCAAUUGUCAUGGAUGAUACCGACAAGAUCCAGAGUAUCAUGGAUGGGCAGCGGUUUGAAGCGGGGAAGCAUGCCGCUACCUUACGGCGAUAUCUCUGGCGAGAACAUCUGGGUCUACUCCCACCUCAAACGCACGACGCGAGUAACGACCCGAACGCGCAACCUCCAGGACAGGACUCGCCUAAUGAUAUUUGGGAUGGAGAUGAGAGUUACAAGUUCGUCGAGGAUCCCAUGAGCGACCAGCUGUGGGACAUGUGGACCACAAGCGCGACGAAGAAUACAGAAGUAUUUAGACACCUAUUCCACGCGGAUCCGGAUGAUCACGUGAAAACAUUUGACGACUAUAACACCUUUCUGCCACCCAAGGGCGUCAAAGCUGGUCACAUAUUCGAUAGAUUCCUCCCACCAGACGACAUCCGGGCAAAGCUAGACCAGAUCAAGGGACAUCUCGUGUGGAUGCCGCUGGACUACUUGAAGGAUGUCAACAUGGCUGAAACGGGGCUGCAGGUUAACUCGUGGACGGAAAGCGUGUAUACGUGA